CACGACCGGCGAGUUCUGCUCGGGCCGCCGUUACCCUACCAUUCGCGUCACGACCGUCGUCGCGCCCGCAUUGCUUUCGGUCGGCCACGCACGUCUCCUUGCCAACCGGUGGCACAGCGUCGCGCGCCGGCUUUUCCCGGUUCUCGUCGCGUUUUCCCUCCCCCGGUCAACGUCACCCCGCGUCUUCGUCCCGUCGGAAAUGCUCGGUUCUCCCGGUCACGUUAUGCGCUCCGUACCGCCGUCGUGAUGUUCGUGGGCUGCCGCCGGACGGUACGCCGAGGACUGCCGUGGGCGAUCGCCGUCCUGGUCACCACGUGUCUGUUGCUGUGGUCGAAAAACGAGGAUGCGGUCGACGGCCAGGCCGCCGCUGCCGCUGACGACGACGACGACUGGGUGUCUUUGAGGUUGAAAAGAGACCAACAAGAGUUUAUCGAUCGCAGAGGAUUGCAUGUGGUUGUGGGACACUAUUUGGGAGACGUCAACAAUGUAGGGGCAAGUGCAAAUCUCACUGAUGAACUGCUCAAUCGAAACAUGUUUGAUCCAAAACCUAAGGAAGGCCGCGACGGAACUCCGGUCAUCAUACCACCUCAUAUGUCUGCACAAAUGCAAAAACUCUACAGGAUCAAUAGGUUCAAUCUGAUGGCUAGCGAUCGUAUACCGUUGAACCGGUCGCUGCCGAACGUCCGUAAAAAAUCGUGUAGGCUGAAAAAGAUUCAUAUCGAUAAGCUUCCGUCUAGUACCGUAAUAAUUGUUUUCCACAACGAGGCCUGGUCGACGUUGUUGAGAACGGUCCAGAGCGUCAUAGAUCGUUCGCCGAGAUCGAUAUUAAACGAGAUCAUUCUGGUCGACGAUGCCAGCACUCGAACUUUUUUGGCAAAAGAAUUAGACGAUCACGUGGCCAAGCUGCAAGUUCCAACGCGUGUCUUGCGCUCGCCGAAAAGGGUUGGUCUUAUCAAAGCGCGGCUGAUGGGAGCGCGGCAGGCGCGUGGUGAGAUAUUGGUGUUCCUUGAUGCGCACUGCGAAUGCACUUCGGGGUGGUUAGAAGGUCUGGUGAGCCGAGUGGCCGGGGACCGGAAACGCGUCGUGUGCCCCGUGAUCGACAUCAUCAGCGACGAGACGUUCGCGUACGUGCGCAGCUUCGAGCUGCACUGGGGCGCGUUCAACUGGGACCUGCACUUCCGGUGGUACACGCGCCCACGGCCGGAUGAGCGCCGGGACGCGACCCAGGCGUUCGGCACGCCCGCGAUGGCCGGUGGCCUGUUCGCCAUGGACCGGUCGUAUUUCUUCGAGCUGGGCGGCUACGACGAGCGAAUGGAGGUGUGGGGCGGCGAGAACCUGGAGCUGUCGUUCAGGGUGUGGCAGUGUGGUGGCAGCGUGGAGAUAGCUCCGUGUUCCCACGUCGGCCACGUGUUCCGCAAGUCGUCCCCGUACACGUUUCCCGGCGGUGUGUCCCGUGUGCUGUACACGAACUUAGCACGUGUCGCCCUGGUCUGGAUGGACGAAUGGCAGCAGUUCUAUUUCAAGUUCAACCCUGAAGCUGCAAAAUUUCGCGACGAACAGCAGAUAAGAACCAGGCUGGAGCUCAAGGACCGUCUGAAGUGCAAAGGGUUCAAAUGGUAUCUAGAAAACGUGUGGCCGGAACACUUUUUGCCAACCGAUCAGCGGUUUUUCGGGAAGAUAAAACAUAUGUUGUCCAAUCGCUGUUUGGAAAAACCCACAGGACGUGGCUCGUUGAACCAGCCCAUGGGUCCGGUCAGGAUUAGCUCCUGUGACGUCCAGGGUCGUCCUUCGUUGUCCCUCAUGUUCGUCAUGGCUCCCGAAGAGGGUAUCGAUUCCAGCGUGUGGUCCGGAUCUUUAAUGACCGACGAGUCGGUAUGCCUAGACACGCCUGAGCUGGAACUAGCCGAUGACAUUGCGCUAAAGGUCCGGAUUGUGGCCUGUACGGGUCAAAAGCGACAGCGCUGGAAGUACGACGCCGAUACCAUGAACUUAGUUCAUUUACAUUCUAACCUGUGCUUGGACUUGCCAGCAGGCGAAUCCAGCAUUGUGCUCAAAGGCUGCGCCAAUCAUGCUAGUCAAAAAUGGAAUUUCGAAAGAAUCCCGUGGAAAUAAUGUUAUAUCGGUACCGUUGCGGUAUCAUGGUUAUUACACUGAGAUCACCAUUCGGUGUACGAUAACCAAAACUGUUUUCCGUUGUACUUAACACGCAUCGAUUUGUGCGACGUCUUAAAGUUCCUCUAAAUAUACGUUGGACUUCGUUUUUUUUAAACAA